GCAUAAAUCAAUAGAAAUCCUCCCUCCUUUCUCCCCCUCUGACUGGUCGGUGGCUGUGUCACUCAGGGGGAGGGGUGCAGCGGUAAUUUCUACGUGCCUGUAUGUCAAUUUAAGACUCAGAUUGCGCGUCUAUGUGUGGCUGACAGUAGCGCAGGACCCAGACGGACUUCCGUAGCCUCGGUGUUGGAUUUCUUAGGCGACCUGCUGGAAGGAGAGGAGACUGGCCACGGCACUUUCUAGUGGACUUGACAACUUUGAAGGUAGCUCGCGUCUGGUGGCGUAAACCGCUGCGGGAAGUCUUCCCCCCCGAAAAGGGUUUUUUUUUCGGAAACAUGCUCGCCAAAUGCUCCGUCGCGUUCCUCAACGUCCUCUUUUUGGUGCGAGCGCUCGCGGCACACGAGUGCACGCCGUGCGACGCGCGGACUUGUCCGGUCCCGUCCCCGGUCAGCUGCGAGGGCGGCCGGACGCUGGCCAGGAGCCCGUGCGGAUGCUGCGACCAGUGCGCCCGCCUGGAGUGGGAGCCCUGCGGCGGCCAGGACUGGACGCACGGCUACUGCGCCCUGGGGCUGACAUGCGCCUCCCUCAACAGGACCGGGGCUGCCGUGGUCCCUGAAAUUGGAGUCUGUAAAUCUCUUCCUGACCAUCCAGAUGCAGGGCUUGAGGAUGAGCGUUGUCCUCUGAUGACGGGCUGCGACAGAGCAGGAGAUCAAUGUGUGUGCGACGCUCGCCACACCUGCCUAGGCUAUUUCACCUAUCCCGACCAAGACACCUGCAUGAAAGCCAGUAAGUCAGAUGCUCGGAGGCACGAGCACCGGGAAAGGCACAGGGAGAAGUAUGUGGGCCCGUCUAACCCGGAGUGCAUGUUCUCCGGGUGUAACCUGACUGCCGAUGGCUGCGUGUGCGAGUCCCAGAGCUGCCACCACCACUUCGCCUACAUCAACCGCAGCCAGUGCCAGGAAGCAGCAGAGACGCUGAGAUGUGCUGGGGUCACGUGCCCCGCUCUGCAUGUGCCCUCCUGCCCAACGGGCUCGGUUCUCACCAAGAGUUUUACACCUCCUACUGGCUGCUGCCCCUCCAUACCGCCCCAGUGCACUUGCGACCUGCAAGCCUGCCACAAGCCACAGUGCCCAAGCGGUCAGCACCCCGUACCCAUUAGCGAGGCCAGCGGUCAGCCAGGGGACUGCUGUGACGUCUACGAGUGUCAAAAAGUUUCUCCAAAGUGUGUCCACAAUGGAAAAGAGUUCUCAGAGGGGGAGGUGUACCGCAUGGACCCUUGCUGGCUGUGUCAGUGUCGAGGAGGAAUCUCCUUCUGUUCCAAGGCAGAGUGUGCUGAGCUGGGCUGUGAAAACUUCUACAUUCCUGAGGGCGAGUGCUGCCCCGUCUGCAUCGAUGUGGAGUUGUUGUCCAUGGAUAGCACUAAAGCCAGCUGUUGGGUGAGCAAUAAGCUGCGAGCCCACGAGGAGCAGUGGAAAGAGGACGACUGCACCUUCUGCCAGUGUGUGGACGGAGAACCGCACUGCACGGCCAUGGCCUGCAAGCAGAGCUGCCAAAACCCAGUGAAGAUCCCCGGAGAGUGCUGUCCCUUCUGCGAAGAGCCUUCUUAUGAAACGGUUAGCCCCAUGCUGUGCCCUCCCCUGGAAAACUGCUCUCUGUCUGGGACUGACUGCCCCUAUGGCUUCCAUCAAGACAAAAACGGGUGUCUGCUCUGCCAAUGUCUCAACAAUGACUCCUGUCCAGACCUGGUAAAAUACUGUUCCUUGCAAUGCCCGAUGGGAUACGAGAAGGAUGAUUUUGGCUGCGAGGUGUGCGAGUGCAGUAUCCCCACGCCCAAGUGCCGACCUCUGACCUGCGCAAAGACCUGCCCUUAUGGAUAUGUGAGAAACAAGCAUGGCUGUGAGAUGUGUCGCUGCGUCAGGUGUCCUCCCUUCACCUGCGACAAGCACUGCAUCAGCGGCUACCGUCAGAACAGGAAGGGCUGCUCCAUCUGCAUGUGCAAAGAAAGUCUCCCAAGCACCACCGACCCAGCCCAAGCCCCCAGCUACUGCCUAACCUCCAAUGGGCAGCGUUAUGAGGAGGGUGAAAGCUGGCACGACGGCUGUCGGGACUGCUACUGCCACUCUGGUCGGGAGAUGUGUGUGCUCAUAUCCUGCCCCAUACCCAGUUGCUCUCAUCCUGUUGUCAAGCCUGAGCAGUGCUGUCCUACCUGCGAGGAUGAGUCGGGCAGCGGCCAGCCGGAGGGGAUGGACAUGGUGGUCUGCCGGGCGCCUGGCGGGGAGUUCUACGUGGAGGGGGAGACCUGGAACCUGGACGAGUGCACGCGCUGCACCUGCAGGAAGGGACGCGUCCUGUGCGAGGCCGAAGUGUGUCCCCCGGCUCUCUGCCAGACGCCAAACAAGAGCAAGGGCACCUGCUGCUACGUGUGCCCAGAGGGGACAGAGAAGCCCUCACUGCCAGAGAGAGACAGCCAGCAGCAGUUCUGCGUAACCAGCCAGGGAGACGUGCUGCUCGCCGGAGACUCGUGGAGGGCCAACGCCUGCACCAGUUGUACCUGCAACAACGGCACCAUUCAGUGUUUCUCCCAGCGCUGUCCGGCGGCCAACUGCAGGGUUCCGGUUUUGCGCAAAGGCCAGUGCUGCCCACACUGUCUGGAACUGACCACGUCGGUGCCUGUGAUGGUGUCUACCGUCGGCACCAAAGCAGUCGCCACGACAACAACAGAGGCUCCACUCUGGAUCACCACCAUCACAGUGCCACCCAUCACUGCUGUUAAAGCAGAUGAGCCAGGUUUGGGGGAGAUCUAUCCCAGCCAGACAGAGAUGGCCCUCGUUUACCAAUCUGCAGCCUGGAUCCUGGCCGGCCUCCUCCUGGCCAUCAUCAUUUUCCUCAUUGUAGCGCUACUCAUCAACAGGAAAAAGAAGUGGGUGCAGAUGUCCUGCUACAGUGCACCAAAGAAGACGGUGAUCCUGAAGAAGCACAUAAACAAGAAUUCAGUGGUCUACAUGGAGCCCUCCAAGGAGAACAAAUUUCAGAAUGUGAAGAAUGACUGCGGCAUCAUCCACUUCUCCCCAGAAAUGAGCUCCCCCUGCUCAGAAAAGCUGACCAUCCCCAGGGCAAAGCUCAGCAUGGGCAACGACUGGACGCCACGCUAAGAAAAACAAAACAAUAAAACCUGAAAAAAAAAGACUCUGCAGGUCAGAGCUGUCCUGCAUCUCUCCCUCUCUCCUGCUGUGGCCCCUGUGGUGUGUGUGUGACCCCACACUCACCUGAGGAGCUGCCCCCCCCCCCCUCCCCUUUACCUUUCUGUGACAGUUAGACUGAGGUUUCUCAACAAGAGACAAAACAAGUGGCCACUUUUUCAUCACAGGACAGAGUGGCCUACUGGGAGGCUGAUGGACAAGUGGACACUUACAGGACACGGUGACCCUGCUGUGAAAGGGAGAAAGUAACAGCCAGAGAGUCUCCUCUGUCGAAAUCAGAAUUUGACUGUGAACACUGUAUCAUUACCGUUUCUUAUUGACUCCUUUGAAACUGGAACUUUGGGGCAAUAAGAAGAUCAUAAAAAAGCUUUAGGACAGGGGCUCGGGCUAUAAAAAGGACAUCGAGGAUGCCUCACCUUUAAAGUGCAGCGGGGCUUCAUGGAUGCCGACAUCAUCAUCGUCAGUAGGGAGGUCAAAAGAACCAUAAAAAUCCAUCACCCUGGGCAAAAACGUGUGAAGCCAGCAGGUUUUUAUGAACCCUCCCAGAUCUGAACCCCUGCUUUAGAAUUUGUGGUUUCUUAGUUUCGUAUAUUUCUACAGUAUUUAUACUAGAUGUCGUGUUGUAUUUGGCCAUGUCUUGUUUUUAUCAUGGCAGUCUUUGUAGGGCCAUGCUGAAAGAUUUUUUUGAAAUGCCAGUCUAAACAUUCCCCUGCCCCCUCCUGUAUGGGAAGGACAAGCUUCCCAAAAAUAGUUGUGCACCUUCAAACGGCCGGACUCAUUCCAUUCAGAAAACUCUCAGUCAAUGGCACUUCCAUUAAAAGAAAUGUGAGAAUUUGCUCUCUAAACUGUAAAUAACAGUCAUCAAUUUCACCCAUAAUGGAAUUUUUGUUUCUUCCAAACCAGCCAGAGAGACAAAACUCAUCUCACAUAUAGCUAAAGAGGGAUGAUGUGCAUUCAGGUGGUGUCAUUUAAUGAACAGUAGGUGUACAGCUAAAAGUCCAGGUGUUUUCUCUGGAUCUUUGUGGAAUGUCUUUGAUAUCAUGCCUGACUUCAUACAAAGCUGUGUGUGGGGGGAUGCACUCCACACACACACACAUACCCAUCAGCAAUGUUUUUAAUGAUUCUUUGGAAAGCCUUAAUUCUUAAGCCUUAAUACAUUUCAAUUGUGGACAUCUUGUUUUUCUGAUUGUACCAUAUCAAGAAAAAAAAAAGUAAUUCACACUCCUGUAACUCAGAGUUAAGGGCAUCAUCAGCUCCUCAUAAACAUGAAUAAUGUGAUGGAGCAUGUGUAGAUAGUGGUACACAUUACAACACCACAGCAUGUUUAAGAGAGUUAAACAGCACUUUUCCUUGGAGCCAGUGUUUGAAAAAGCACCCUACUGGAUUCCUGGAGGGAUAAAGUCCCUAAUCAGGGAUUUGAUAGGCAUGUGCACAGAGAUGUUAAAGCACUCGAGCGGACACGCUGUUGCAGCUAGAGGCUCCGGACCAGUCUGAUCUGUGCAAGGAAGGAAAGAAUCUGAGAAGCAUGGCAAACUAUCUUUAAAUCCUGUUUUCGGAUUCUCAGUCCACGGUUAAUAUUUCAAUACAAAGACCAUUAUGAUGCCAAAAUUGGUUAGAAACCAAUUCAUAUUGAAGUGUUUUCAGUACAUUUGUAUGUGUUUGUGUGCUUUAAAAAUGAAGAGGCAACUUUAAGAGCUUGUUCAAUUCUUUGUUCUCUUUAUGUGUUUAAAAAAGUAGUUUGAAUAAAUAGGACAGAAGAAAACCUUAUUUAUUUUUUACAUAGCUUUAUUUAUUAAUACUAAAGUUAUAGUUUUAAGUUGUUGUUUUUUUUUCUUUUUCUAAAUGGACUUUUAGUAGCCAAAGCUGCUGUACAUUGUAGACCAUUUACCAUUUCUAUCUGCUAUACUCUGGACAAACUUAUUUAUUUCACUGUUGCAAAUCUUGUAAAUACGUUUCUUAGAUUAUAAACGGUAACAUUUACACUCAUUUUGAAAAAUAAAAGUGUGAAACAAGGUGGCUCUUGCUGACGUUUGAACCUGAACUCCAUGAAGUGCUCUGGUGCCAUCUAAGAUGCCGACACUUGGUGGGUCUAAUUCACCUGCAUGUCCAUG